GAAAUAAAAUACCAGCCAUGAUAGAAGACAAAGGACCAAGAGUGACAGACUACUUUGUUGUGGCAGGUCUCACUGACACAUCUACUCUUUUGGAUCAAGAAAUAAAUCGUUUGGAUACUAAGUCAGCUGGGCCUAAAGCUCCAAUUACAGACAUUGCCAUUAUUAUCAAAUCAGCUGGGGAAGCAGUACCGGAAGGUUACACAUGUGUGGAAGCCACUCCCUCAGCUCUCCAAGCAAACUUGAAUUAUGGAAGUCUCAAAAGCCCAGAACUUUUCCUGUGUUAUAAGAGAGGAAGAGAUAAACCACCCCUUAUAGAUAUUGGAGUUUUAUAUGAAGGGAAAGAAAGGCUUAUUCCGGGAUGUGAAGUGAUCCAAGCUACACCCUACGGUCGUUGUGCCAAUGUCAACAACAGUUCGACCACUUCACAGAGGAUCUUUAUCACUUAUCGAAGGGCUCCCCCAGUUCGACCCCAGAACUCCUUGGCCGUCACUGAUGUCUGUGUUAUUGUGAGCAGCAAAGGAGAAACCCCUCCUCAUACCUUCUGCAAAGUUGACAAAAACUUAAACUGUGGGAUGUGGGGUUCCAGUGUGUUUUUGUGUUACAAGAAGUCUGUGCCUGCUUCAAAUGCAAUAGCAUAUAAAGCUGGUUUAAUUUUUAGGUAUCCAGAAGAUGAUUAUGAGUCCUUUCCACUCUCAGAAUCUGUACCCCUCUUCUGCCUUCCUAUGGGAGCCACUAUUGAAUGUUGGGAUCCUCAAACCAAAUAUCCACUUCCAGUUUUUUCAACUUUCGUCCUGACAGGUUCUUCAGCUGAAAAGGUCUAUGGAGCUGCCAUCCAGUUUUAUGAACCUUUCUCUCGGGACCUUCUAACAGAGAAGCAGCUUGUGCAGCUGGGCCUGUUGACACCUGUGGAGAGAAAAGUGGUCCCCAAAUCCAUCAACUCAAACAAAUGCAUUUGUUUACUCUCACACUGGCCUUUUUUUGAGGCUUUUAGAAAAUUUCUUAUGUUUAUCUACAAACUUUCUGUGUCUGGACCACAUCCUCUUCCCAUUGAAAAACACAUUUCACAUUUUAUGCAAAACAUCCCUUUUCCUUCACCACAAAGACCAAGGAUUCUUGUCCAGCUGUCAGUCCAUGAUACACUGAUACUGUCGCAGCCAGUUUCUACACCUUUACCACUAAGUGGAGCCAACUUUAGCACCUUACUGAUGAAUCUGGGUCCUGAGAAUUGUGCAACACUGCUGCUUUUAGUUUUACUUGAGAAUAAAAUUCUGCUGCAUUCUCUUAGGCCAGCUGUGUUGACUGGGAUAGCUGAAGCUGUUGUAGCUAUGAUCUUUCCAUUCCACUGGGAAUGCCCAUAUAUCCCGCUGUGUCCUCUGUCACUGGCUGCAGUGCUCAGUGCGCCUGUGCCAUUCAUAGUCGGAGUUGACUCGAGGUACUUUGAUCUUCACGACCCACCACAGGACGUUGUUUGCAUUGACUUGGAUACGAACAUGUUAUAUGUAUCAGAUGAAAAGAAAAAUAUGAACUGGAAGCAGCUUCCCAAAAAGCCAUGCAAAAAUCUCCUUAGCACCUUAAGGAAAUUACAUCCCCAGCUAUCUUCAGUUCACCGAAAAACUCAAGAAGGUUCUGCAGUAGAGAUGACUCCAAUCGAAGCAGAUUUCUCCUGGCAAAAAAAAAUGAUGCAACUUGAGAUGGAAAUUCAAGAGGCAUUUUUGCGAUUUAUGGCAUCUAUUUUAAAAGGAUAUAGAACAUAUCUCAGACCAAUAACAGAGGCUCCUUCAAAGAAAGCCACAGCUGUAGAUUCUUUGUUUGAUCGACAAGGAUUUUUAAAAAGUAGAGAUCGUGCCUAUACAAAAUUCUACACGCUUUUAUCUAAAACACAGAUUUUUAUCCGUUUUAUUGAAGAAUGCAGUUUUGUAAGUGAUAAAGAUACUGGAUUUGCAUUUUUUGAUGACUGCAUAGAGAAGUUGUUUCCUGAUAAAGGCACAGAGAAAACAGAUAAGAUUGAUUUUGAAUCAUCAGAAGAUACCAAGUUGAUAGAACUAGAUGAAUCUCAGAAGAGUGAGCAUACUGUACUUAUAAUGCCACCUGAGCCACCUCCUGAUGAUGGAAAGGACCUGUCCCCAAAGUACAGUUACAAAUACUUUCCAAGACUGGAUCUUAAACUUUUUGACAGACCACAGGAGUUGAAACUCUGUUUUAGUAGACACCCUACUGGGAACAGCAUUACAAACAGCCCGGCUCUCAUGGCUAAAAGAACCAAACAGGAGAUAAAAACAGCUCAUAAAUUGGCGAAGAGAUGUUAUGUAAAUCCACCACAGUGGGCGAAGUGCCUGUUCAGUCACUGUUACAGUUUAUGGUUCAUCUGUCUCCCAGCCUAUGUUAGGGUUUCUCACCCUAAGGUCAGAGCGCUUCAGCAGGCGUAUGACAUACUUCUGAAGAUGCGGAAAGCAUGUGUGGACCCACUAGACGAGGUGUGCUAUCGAGUAGUAAUGCAACUUUGUGGACUCUGGGGUCAUCCUGUUUUAGCAGUGAGAGUCUUAUUUGAAAUGAAAACUGCUAAGAUAAAGCCAAAUGCUAUUACUUACGGUUAUUAUAAUAAGGUAGUUUUGGAGAGCCCAUGGCCUACAAGCACUCGUAGUGGUAUUUUCUUGUGGACGAAGGUGCGGAAUGUGGUACGUGGCCUGGCCCAAUUUAGGCAGCCGCUUAAAAGGACCAUACAGAAGUCACCGGUCUCUUCAACAUCAGCUCCUCAGCAGGCUGCAGGUGGAAGCGAUGGGGACACAGCAAGCCACGGUAGCAUGGAUAGCUCCAACGAUGCUAACAGCGGGGAGCACCCGCUCUUCACCAGAGACCUGGUCAGGCUCGAUUCCAUGGGCAAUCACUGUAGCACAGGUGGCCAGUCUGACCAAGGAUAUGGGUCUAAGGAUGAACUUAUAAAGGAUGAAAUUCGUGUACCUGAAGAAGUAGCACAAGAAUUGAUAACUAAAACAAAAGUGCAAAAAGAAGAGGUGUGUGAUGCCUCUGCUCUUACUGCAAGAUAUUCACAGCCUAUACUGGAGCCUCAGAGUCCUCCUGAACCGCCUUCAUGUGGCAGCAGCAUUGUGAGAGCCCCAUCUGGCAUAUUUGAUAUCAGCAACAGGAAAAGUAGUACUGGGAGUACAUCAAAUGUGCUGUUUUCUACUCAGAAUCCAGUUGAAGAUGCAGUCUUUGAUGAAGUCGCCAAUCUUAAGAAGAAUGGUGACAAAGGAGAAAAAAGACAAAAACAUUUUUCAGAGAGAAGUUGUAGCUUCAGCUCUGAAAGUCGAGCAGGCAUGUUACUUAAGAAGAGCAGUUUGGACUCGAAUCCAAGUGAAGCGGCUGUUAUGAUGGGCGCGGAUGCCAAGAUUCUCACAGCAGCCCUGAGCUGUCCUAAGACUUCUCCGCCCCGUGUUGCCAGGGCCCAGAGCUUUGAGAACGUUAGCUGUGCUCUGCCUGAGUCACGGACUUGCGGGUCCGAGAGCCCCUGGGAUUCUGAGCACAGGGCGCCUGCUGUGUUGGAGAUGCUGGAGGAAAGCCAAGAGCUCCUCGAGCCUGCGGAUGGUGACAGUGCGGCCAGAACUGCCCGGGCAGAGGCUGUGUGCGACAGUCCACAAAAUGAUUGCAGCAGCAGUCAGUCCAGAGACUUGGGCCCAGGCACGGAAGAUCGAGUGAAUAAGAGAAGCAGUUUGUACAGUGCUGCUAAAGCUGUUGAGAGGGAGGAUGUUGAAGCUGGACUAGACCCUUUAUCUCUUUUAGCCACUGAAUGUACAGAAGAGAACAUUCUGGAUUCUGAGGAUAAGAUGUUCUCUCCAGUUAUUACACGUAAUCUGGCUGAUGAAAUCGAAAGCUACAUGAACCUAAAAAGUCCCCUGGGUAGUAAAUCUUCCAGUAUGGAAUUGCACGGAGACGGAAACAGUGAACCUGGCAAUACUGCUGCAUUUCUUCAUCCGUUAGAGAGGAGAUCAAGCCUACCUUUAGAUCAUGGUCCGCCAGCACAAGAGAAUCCUGAAAGUGAAAAGAGUUCCCCUGCGGUGUCCAGGUCUAAAACUUUCACUGCUCGUUUCAAGCAGCAGACUCCCCAUCGAACUUACAAAGAUCGUUCCACUUCCUUAUCAGCGUUGAUGCGUUCUCCACAUGGCUCACUAGGUUCUGUAGUAAAUUCUUUGUCAGGGCUAAAGCUGGAUAAUAUACUCUCAGGACCCAAGAUAGAUGUCCUCAAAUCUGGUAUGAAACAGGCAGCAACAGUAGCCAAUAAGGUGUGGGAGGCCGUAGCAUCUGCCUACAGCUACUCAGAUGAUGAGGAAGAAAUGAUUAAAGAUUACAGCUUCCCUGCUGGCCUAGAAGACCAUAUUUUAGGGGAGAAUGUAUCUCCUAAUACAAGUAUUUCGGGGUUGGUCGCCAGUGAACUUACCCAGAGCAACACAAGCCUUGGCAGUAGUAGCAGCAGUGGAGAUGCUGGAAAACCCCAUUAUCCAACAAGUGAAGUUCCAUUUCCAAGAGGCACAAAGGGACAGGACUUUGAAAAAUCAGACCAUGGCUCCUCUCAAAAUACCAGCAUGUCUAGCAUCUAUCAGAAUUGUGCAAUGGAGGUUUUGAUGUCAAGUUGUUCACUAUGUAGAACCUGUGGAGCUCUAGUUUAUGAUGAAGAAAUUAUGGCUGGAUGGACAGCAGAUGACUCAAAUUUGAACACAACUUGUCCGUUUUGUAGAAGCAAUUUCUUGCCUCUUCUCAAUAUAGAAUUUAAGGACUUGAGAGGCUCUGCAAGCUUUUUCUUGAAGCCAAGUACCUCUGGUGACAGUUUACAGAGUGCCAGCAUUCCACUGGCAAGUGAACCAUUGGAGCACAAAGCUGUGUGCAGUUCAGCAGAGCCUGACUUGAUUAACUUCAUGGAUUUCCCGAAACAUAGUGAGACUGUAACUGAAGAGACGAGCUGCCCCACUGAGUCAAGUGAUACAAUGAAGAAAGCCAGUGGAGAUGUCCAGACUGUGACAAUGUCAUCAGUGCCUAGCAGUUUAUCCAAGCGAAGUGUCUCUUUGACUCGAAGUCACAGUGUUGGAGGUCCUUUGCAGAGCAUUGACUUCUCCCAGCGACCGUUCCAUGGUAUUUCAACAGUGAGUCUUCCAAACAGUCUGCAGGAAGUUAUGGACCCUCUAGGAAAGAGGCCCAAUCCUUCUCCUGUUUCUGUGCCUUACUUGAGUCCCCUUGUGCUUCGUAAAGAACUUGAAUCUUUGCUAGAAAAUGAAGGCGACCAGGUGAUCCAUUCCUCCUCUUUCAUCAACCAGCACCCCAUCAUCUUCUGGAACCUCGUUUGGUAUUUCAGGCGCUUGGACCUUCCGAGUAACUUGCCAGGACUUAUCCUCACAUCUGAGCAUUGUAACGAAGGUGUCCAGCUUCCUCUGUUGUCUCUGUCCCAGGAUAGCAAACUUGUAUAUAUUCAGCUGCUAUGGGAUAAUAUCAACCUUCAUCAGGAGCCCGGAGAACCUCUAUAUGUCUCAUGGAGGAAUUCCAAUUCUGAAAAGAAACUGUGUCUUCUGUCUGAGGAACAAGAAGCAACAAGCACUUUAGUAGAAACCAUCAGGCAGAGUAUUCAGCACAACGAUGUUCUGAAACCUAUCACUCUGCUCUCCCAGCAGAUGAAGCCAGAUGUGAAGAGACAGAGGAGUUUAUACAGAGAAAUCCUCUUCUUAUCACUGGUGUCUCUUGGAAGAGAAAAUAUUGAUAUUGAGGCAUUCGACAAUGAAUAUGGAGUGGCAUACAACAGUCUGUCUGCACAGAUUCUGGAAAAGUUACAGAAGAUCGAUGCCCCACCAAGCACCAGUGUGGAGUGGUGUAGAAAGUGUUUCGGAGCACCUCUCGUGUAAAUAAGACUCGUUAGCGCUGGGAGAGUUGAUCUGGAAUCGUUCAAGGCUUUUUCACAGUCCUAAGAAUUGGUGAAAACAAAUGAAGUAAUGAAUUGUAAUUCACUGAAUCGUCUCAAAAUGUAAAAGGCCAUUAACAUACCCUGAGGUUCAUUGAUGUUGAAGAUUCUCAGCUUGUGCAUGCUGCCUCUUCUGGAAAUGGUUUUGGAUUUCUCAGUAUUUGUAGUAGGUUGGUAGUAGUACUGAGAAACUGUACCUAUGCCAGGUGCCUGUUUAUAAUUGAUUGAAGCUGUUAGGUUUGGGAGAUGGCAGAGGAAACCUGCUACCCCAACACAUGGGCUCUUUCAAGCACAAGAGCAAUUCCUUGUGUGAGACUGUAUAAAUGUGGGGCUUUGUAGGUGUGUUAUGUCAGUGUGUAUUUAUUAAAAUUCUUAGACUGCAUGUCGCAGUAGUUUCAUGGUAGGGUCUUACUGCCUACUGGUGACGACUACUAAAAUCAUCUGUAGUCGUUAAUCUCACAAUUACCUGAAUGCCUUGACAGUUGCCUUCCCUCUGACCUUAAAUUUAAUAUAUAUCUUCCCCUUUUACAUUAUAUAUUAUCUUGCAUUAUGAAUUAUAUCUUAACUAUCCAGGUACUUCCCUCCUUCUGUCCUCUUCCAAUACCAUGUUAAUUUGCAGUGGCUUUAAAAUUGGCAUGAGUCCAACAGUUAAGAUGAAAUAAACUUCGUAACUACACUUACUUGUAAGUUAUGCUUAAAGUGCUAAGGGGUGUAUUAUCUUCAGUCCUGAAACCUUUGUUCAGGCAUGUAAAUUGUUGCUAUUAGUCACAUAAAAACCUGUGGGAUAGCUGGGUGUGGUGGCCCAUGCCUGUAAUCCCAGCACUUGGGAGGCUGAGGCAGGAUUACCACAAAUUUUAGGCCAGCCUGAGCUACACAGUGAGAUCCUGUCUCAAAAAAACAGAACAAAAGACCUGUGGGAUAAACUUGCACUGCACACAGAAGUUGUAUUCAUGUGUCAUAUUUAAUUUGUAUGUUCAUGAGUAAAAAUGUGUAUUUGUAAAUACUAUUUUUUAGGUUGAAUCAAUGAAGUCUUAAAAUUUUGAAGCUUACGGAGCUCACUGCCUGUGGGGUUAUGAAUACCAUGGCCUCACAUGCCUCACUUUGACUUUUAUCACGCCUUUUGUUAAAAGUAUCCACGGGACAGUAAGUUUGCCUUAACUCUCUGCAUGGUUUAAAAUGCCGAUUGCUGAAUAUGUGCAUUUAUAAUAAUUCUGCAGAUGACUAAAUCACAAAAGAAUGACUUUCAUAUACACAUGUACAACCUUUUAAAAAUUAUUUUAUGGAUCUAUCAGCAUUUAAAGGGUUCAUCUGACCUGUGUGGUGCAGGCUGAAUUUAUUGUCAGAAUGCUAUGUGAAAAGACUUCUUAGAAAUUAUAUACAGUCUUAUCGUCAAAGUAGACCUUUUGCACUAUAUAAAGAGUACAUAUUUUUGCAAUUUACAUUUUAACAGUGACCCAACAAAUUUUGGAAUACCUUGCAUAUAAAAAAAUUGAGGUUGAAUAAAAUGAAGACUAAAUC